AGGGCUGGAACGCUAUUUAGUAAGAAUUAGUUGUUAAAACUGUUGGCAGCUCCGCACUGAUCGAACGGCCUUGCCAGCACUAAUUGCGUUUCUUUCGCUUCGUUUCUGGCAGUGCUGCUGCUCUCUUUUGACGCAGAUGGCCAGCGAUUCUUGUGUGUGUGUGAGUGCCAGUGGCAUGGCUCCGCUUUGCGCUCUCCGAAGGGGUUGCAUGUUUGCGUACAGUGAACCCCCGCUGGAAUACAAAGAGAGCCCACAACGCCUCUGGUUUUGCGUUUGUUGUGACCCUUUUUUUAUUUCGCCGGCAACGAGUGUUUUGUUUAUGUUCGCCGCCCGUUAGCAAUUCAAAUGUCCAGCUGAGCUGUCAUUCGAAAUAAUCUAGUGCCCUUGUUUUUGGCAGUCAAAAACAAUUGUCAUUUGCAAUCGCAACAUUCAUUUGCAGCUGCAACACUUGUUGGCCGCAACCAGAAAUCGCAGCGUGUUGCCAUUUGCAAAAAAAACGUGCGACAGCAGCAACUUCUUCGUGCACCGCAGCAACAAGCCACUCAAAACACGGUUAAAUAAAUUAAUAAUCGUUAUUAAAGCAGAUCGAGAGGUUAAUUAAAGCAUUUAUUAAUAGAAUCCAGUUUUUAUCGAUGAAAUGAAUACGCGACGUCGACCCAUUGCUCCAUCGCCGAAUAUUUACGCCACCAAUGCUAAAAUCUGCCAUUUGGUGGCUCAACAUCCAUGUCUUUACGAUCGCUCCGAUGAGAACUACAUGCGGAAAUCAACUGUGAUAAAUGCCUGGAAGGAUAUAUCCAAAGAUAUGCGAAUUUCGGUCAAGAGCUGCAAGGAUCGCUGGCGCAACAUCCGCACCAGCUACGCCCGCUCCAUAAAGGUGCACCACGGUGCGAAUACUUAUUACCUGAAAGCCGAGCUGCAGUUCCUGCAGAAGCACAUCACUCCCGGAAUUCCCGUCCCGCUGAGGGGCCGUCGCUCAAGACCCAAGGGCCAGGAGGAGCAGGACGACGGGCAGCAUGAGACGCCUGUUGAGACUUUGCUCGAGAUGAAGAUGUCGCCGAGCAGUCCGGAAACGGAGCAUGCGCAGAGCCGCGACAGCAAUGAUUCCGAAUCUGAGGAGGACGCAUCUGACGAGAUGCGUUCUUGGCAAUCACGGGCCAAAAAGCGUAUGCGAUUGGAGAGCAAGGAGUCCAAGACAUCUAUCUGUAAUGUUGAAGCUUCACCAACCAUGGAUUUCGAUGACGCAUUCCUGCAGGGACUGCGUCCCGAAAUCCAGCACAUGAACUUCCACCAAAAGCUGUACUUCAAGCGUCGUGUCUACGAACUGCUCGGCGAGAUAUUUCAUUCCGACGAGUCCGCCUCACCCAGCCACCCAACGCAUCCGCAUCCCACGGAUAAGGUCAAUGGGACGCUACCAGCGACCUCUUCAACACCCUCACCCUCGGUUUCCCUGCAGCACUUGGGGAUGACGUUGCAGCUGCCCAAGCUGAUGACAAAGCCAGCCAAAGAUGUCUAACUUCCGAGGCUUCAACCGACUGAUUUCGAAUUUAUGUACAGUACUAGGACAAAUAAUAUUUUAAGUUGUUUUUUAACAUGUUCGAAGAAUAUAUAAGCUAACUGCAAGGAGCAGUUAAGAGUCCAUUAUGAAGUUGACAUAAAUAUAAACAAAUUUUAUAAAUCUCAAAAUUGGUCGCUACAUUUUUUGAAGUGGUGGGAUGUAUAGU